AUGGCUCCUCCGCUCCAGCCCACUGCUCGGGGGCUCGUCUCAGAGACUGAAGGGACUCUCUCGCGCAUCACCAACGGCGUCGCAUCGCUUCCCACGCCGUCCUCCGCCUCAUCGCUUUCGGCAGACGACCUGGUCGAUGCGAGCGGAACGAUCCUCCUCCCGGAUGGCAAGCGGGUGCGGAGACCCGUCUUUCCAGCGAACAAAGAAAUGUACAGCCGGGUACCACCGCACCUGAUGAAGCCGGACGGGACUCCGAACUAUAUGCUCAUGAGCCUCACGAGCAAUGUCUACUCGAUCUUGCCCGAGGGGACGCCGCUCACCCCGGCCGUCUCGCUCUCGCAACGACUAGGGAACAACAUCCUCCUCAAGCGGGAGGAUAUGACACCUGUCUUCUCGUUCAAACUGCGAGGGGCGUACAACAUGAUGCGGCAGCUGACAGAGGAGGAGCGGUGGCGGGGCGUGAUCGCUUGCUCAGCAGGCAACCACGCACAGGGUGUCGCCAUGUCGGGGCGAGAACUCGGCGUCGCCUGCACGAUCGUCAUGCCGCUCAACACGCCCUCGAUCAAGUACCAGAACGUCGACCGGCUCGGGGCGCGUGUUGUCCUGCACGGCGCCGACUUUGACGAGGCCCAGCGCGAAUGCGCACGGCUAGCGAAGCUGCACGGCCUCACGAUCAUCCCGCCUUUCAACGACCCGUAUGUGAUUGCCGGCCAGGGAACAGCAGCGGUCGAGGUCCUGCGCCAGACGGACGUCAGCAAGCUUGAUGCCGUCUUCAUUCCCGUCGGCGGAGGCGGCUUCCUCGCCGGCAUGGCCGCGUACAUCAAGGCCGUCGCGCCUCCGUCAGUCAAGGUCAUCGGCGUCGAGACGCACGACGCCGAUGCUCUCGCCCAGACCUUGCGGAAGGGCGAACACUUGACGCUCAACGAGGUUGGGCUGUUUGCGGACGGGACGGCGGUGCGGAGAAUGGGCGAUGAGACGCUGCGGGUGUGCGCGGAGCUGGUCGACGAGAUCAUCCUGGUCUCGAACGACGAGCUGUGCGCCGCGAUCAAGGAUGUCUUCCAGGACACCCGCUCCGUCCCGGAACCUUCCGGCGCGUUGGGCGUGGCCGGCGCCAAGAAGUGGAUCCAGCAGAACAACCUCAUCGGCAAGAAGAUGAACUUUGUCUCGAUCGUCUCGGGCGCAAACAUCAACUUUAGCCGGCUGCGAUUCAUCGCCGAGCGCGCAGAGUUGGGCGAGGGCAAGGAGGCCAUGUUGCGGGUCAUCAUCCCUGAAAAGCCCGGGGCCUUCCUCGCGCUCCACUCGGCGAUCCACCCUCGAGCCGUCACCGAGUUCGUCUACCGCUAUUCGUCCUCCAAGCGCGCCUUCAUCUUCCUCUCCUUCUACCUUUCGUCCUCAUCCUCAUCAUCACGAGCUCUUCCGCCGCAGGCGGGCGCAGCAGCAAGCGGCGGAACGUCGACUCCGAUCCUUACUCCCGCUCAACAGCGAAAAGAAGAGCUUUCGUCGAUCGUCUCGGCGCUCGAAGCGGGCGGCAUGAAAGCGCUCGACAUCUCGGACAACGAGCUGGCGAAGAGCCACGCGCGAUACCUCGUCGGCGGCAAGAGCAAGGUCCCGAACGAGCGCAUGUUCCGGUUCGAGUUCCCCGAACGGCCAGGCGCGCUCCGCAAGUUCCUCGAGACGCUCGGAACGCGGUUCAACAUAUCGCUGUUCCACUACCGGAAUCACGGCGGCGACGUGGGAAAGAUCCUAUGUGGCAUUCAAGUCCCGAAGGAGGAGAACUCGAUCUUCGACGAGUGGGUCGUCGCUUUGAAGUAUCCCUUCGUCGAGGAGACGUCAAAUCCUGCCUACGCCGACUUUCUGGGCGACGAGGACGGGGAUGCAACGGAUGCAGAAUAG